UCAGUGUACUAGUACCGUACAGUACGUUUCUAACGAUCCAGGUCGAUAAAACAAACAGUCGCAAGGCGUUUCUUAACCUCUGCCGUACAAGAACGAGCGAGCCAUGGCUUCCCAGUCGCCGGCACCGCCGUCCUCCUCAGCCGUGAAGCCGGGUGGUGAGUCUGGCUACGAGCCGUGGUAUCCAAACAACAUACCCACCGACUCAUCCGUCAAGAGGUUCAUCACCCACUUCUUCGAGGUGUCGGACGACCCGGACAGGAACGACGAGUGGGUCGGCUUUUUCCAGGACGAUGCGACGGUCAUAAUAGGGAAUGAUGUUGCGAAGGGAAAAGAAGAAAUCCGAAGGCUAAGACGCCGCAUGUGGAAGGAGGUGGAGGCACGCAAGCAUCGGCUGGUCAAGGUGUUUCCGGGCUGGUUUUCGGCCGAUCCAAAGGCGGUCGCGUCGUUGAACGAGACCGAGUUCAUGCUGUUCGGGGCUGUUGCGCACCGGCUGAGGGACGGGAAAGGGGACGCGGUGGUGAGCUGGGCUGGGCAUGCGCAGAUGCGCAGGGACGGGGUGAGUGCGCCGUGGAAGCUGGGGUUCUAUAGGGUCUAUAUUCAGAGGUGAAGCGGGAUGGAGGAUCUGUGUGAGCCGGCGGCGCUGACUUCACGUCCCUCGAAAUCCGAUCCGUGGUAGGCUAGGCAUGUCAUUCUAUUCCUGUUGCUGCUUAGCCACACGUGCCUUGCCUGUCUCGCCUGAGUCGUUUCGUCAGUUGGUCGUCUGUCAUGUGGCCAUUGCUCGCCCCCCCUUCCCCGCGCCGGUGUUGUGAUGCUUACAUCCCGU